CCGCGUGUGGUUGCCAUGGUAACCGGAGUUUUCAAACAAGCGGCAGGUAUGAGCAAAGACGCAACUUUCUCCCCAAAUCAGCCCUCCGCUGUUGACUAUGGCGGAAAGGUUCCGGUGGAGCACCUGGAAUACGAUUACAUUGGAAAAUGCAGGGAUGUAAGAUACCUGGCGAUGAUCCUGAGAGUACUUAGGUCCGGCGACGAGGGUAUUUAUCCUCAUUUGAUUGAGUUCUGUGAGAGUCACUUGGAGAAACUGGACCCUAGCAGUCGAGCGCUCAGGAAGGAGAACCGAGUGGUCACAGCAGCCAGCCUCCCCAGUGAUGAGUGGAGCCAAAUUGUUCAAGAUUUGAAGAUGUGGCAAGAAGAAACCAAAAAGACGGAAACCUCCCUAAAGCAGGUGUUUGAUGAAUUAGAGAAUAAAAAUAUGCCACCUAUAAGAGGUUCCUAUUGCACCGUUCCUCUUUGUCAGACUUCUGUUUCAAAAGAAAAGUGGAAUUCUUCAAAACGGACUCUCCCAAGAGAUUAUAGAGAAUGGGACAAUUUUGAUGCUGAAGAGGAAUGUGAAAAAAUCGACAGGAAUUUGAUCAAAAGCAGUCCAGCUGUCACCAUAAACACAAGACCCCCCAAAAUCAACACCAAUGUGGAUGUUACAUUGCUCACGGAACAGGAGAAGCUCCCUCUGGCAAAUCGCGAAAAGGCCAAAGGCAACGAAGCUUUCAGAGCAAACGACUUCGAGGAGGCUGUUGCAUACUAUUCCAGGAGCCUUUGCAUUAAACCAACAGUGGCUGCGUUCAAUAACAGAGCUCAGGCAGAGAUCAAGCUGAAGCACUGGCACAAAGCCAUGAGCGACUGUCAGAGGGUACUCGAGCUGGAACCAGGGAAUAUAAAAGCCCUGCUACGCCGGGCAACCGUGUAUAACCACAUGGGCAACUUCCAAAGGGCUGCAGAGGACCUGAGGGUGGUGCUUCUGGAAGAGCCUCAGAAUCCUGCAGCCAUGCAACUUCUGUAUAAAACUGAGAAGAAGAUGAAGAACGAUGAACCGGAGAAGCCACGGAAAGGCAAGAAGAUCAUCAUUCAAGAAGUUGAAGAGGAAGCGGAUUGCAGCGAUGAGACAAAAGCAGAACAGGCCGCUCAUCCGGUUGAACCCAGCCAGCCUGUGGGAGGGGAGGAGAGCUCAGCUGCUCCUGGCCGAAGGGAAGACAUGGGUAACGCUCAGAAGAAGCCCCACGGCAGAGGGGACAGGGGUCCUCAAGGCGAGCCCCCCCACCACGGCCCCCGCAGGGGCAAAGGGGCCAGCUCGGACAAGUACCGAGCCGCGAACGACUCCGGGGAGAAGGUGGCCAACGGGACGGGCAAGAGGGGCUCCACAGCCUCGGUGCCGGCGGAUCAGAGCGGGGGCAGCAAAGAGAGCCACGCGGGGGGAGCUGUCAACCUCGACGCCCCGUGCGGAGCCCUGCCCCCGCCGCUUGGCCGCCUAAAGAACGAAGGGAACCUGCUGUUUAAGAAUGGACAGUUUGCCGACGCGCUGGAGAAAUAUUCCCAAGCCAUUGAAGGUUACACGGAGUCAGGCAUUGAUAGUCCGGAUGACUUAUGCACUCUGUACUCUAACAGAGCCGCUUGUUACCUUAAAGAUGGCAACAGUCAAGAGUGCAUACAGGACUGCACAAGAGCCCUGGAGCUCCAGUCAUUCUCCCUCAAGCCCCUCCUGCGCCGGGCCAUGGCUUACGAGUCCCUGGAGCGCUACCGGAAGGCCUACGUGGAUUACAAGACCGUCCUGCAGAUAGACUGCGGCGUGCAGGCAGCGCACGACAGUGUCAACAGGAUCACCCGGCUGCUGAUAGAGCAGGACGGCGCGGGGUGGCGGGAGCAACUUCCGGACAUUCCCCUGGUCCCGCUGUCGGCUCAGCAGCACCGCAGAGAGGAGCCGCCAAGCGCAGAGGUCCUCCGGGCUCGGGCAGAGAAGGCCGCCACAGACACAGAGAGAAAAGCAGAAGUUCGCUUCAUGGCGCUGAAGCAGGAGGGGAACGACUUUGUGAAGAAGGGCCAAUACCAGGAGGCGCUGGCAAAGUACAGCGAAAGCCUCCAGCUAAAGCCUGAAGAGUGUUCCAUCUACACCAACAGAGCUCUGUGCUACCUGAAGCUGGAGAGGUUUGCUGAAGCCAAGGAGGACUGUGACGCGGCACUGAGAGUGGAGCCAAACAAUAAAAAGGCCUUCUACAGACGAGCCUUGGCUAAUAAAGGCCUCAAGGACUACCUGGCGUGCAGCGCCGACCUGCAGGAGGUGCUGCAGCAGGAUCCCAAUGUGCAGGAGGCCGAGAAGGAGCUGGAGGAGGUCACUGUGCUACUUAGACAGAGUCUGGCCAUCACCGAUGCUUCACUAGCCAAACCCAGAAAGACUGUCCCCAUCACUGAGGUUGACGGCAAUGAGGAAACGGCCAUCGUGGGGGCCGGCCACGGAGCAGAGGCCGCCGCCAUCAGCCUCCAGCCGACCAACGCCUACGAGUUCGGCCAGGCUCUGAACACGGCUCGCCGCGCCGGAAACACCGCGGCCUGCGCCGACCUGCUGGCCUCCACGACCCCGGAGACCCUCCCACAGCUCCUGAGCACCCAGCUGGACGGACACACCAUCGACUUCGUCAUGCAGGCGCUGGACGCCCACCUCCUGCAAAGAGACCCCGGCCUGGUGUACCGACACCUCAACCAUCUGCACACCGCCGACAGGUUCUCAGUGGUGUUGAUGCUGCUGGAGAAGGAAGAGCGGCACCACAUGACCCAGCUGUUCGAGCAUCUGUCCGCCGCGCAGAGCUCCGAGUUCACUGAGAACGAUGUUCACAAUCUGGCCAACAAAUACAUCUGACUCCCGCGACCAUCUGUUCCCCCGCCGCAUGCGCCGCCGUGCCACUUACAACUCCUGGAUUCUAUGCAAAGACACAAGAACUGAGUAGACAGAAAGCAGGAAGCUGCAGAAUGUGCCCCGAAGCAAUGCAGCCGAACUGAGUCCCACUCACUCGACCAUCUGACCACUGUACGUUUUCAGGGACGCUACAAGGAAUCUAUUUUCUCUCCAGAACAUUUUGCUAUGCAAAUUUACUUUUGUACCACCACUAACAUUUUGCAUUGUAUAACAGCGUAACAGUAUGGACCUUUCCCCUGUAUUGAUAGAGUCCAAAGUACAAUGUUAUGUAAAUAAUGACAUUACUGAGCUGCGUAGUCAUAAUUUGAUUAGUCCUUUGCUUAAUGAACUUUUGUCCAAGACCACUACAAUCUGAAAUAAUAUUCAGUGCAUCCUGAAUACAAACUCCCAAAGGAACACAUGCUACAGAGAGAAUGAGUUUCAGAAGCAUAAAGAAACGUUUUAUUAUGGCCACAUGUUCUCUGGGGGAGAAAGGCCUGCAUGACGUCUCGUUGCUGUUCAGUGCCGUACGAUAGUGGCAACGCUUGGACCGAUAUUGACUGAAUGUUGUAGGACAAAAUACAAUUUGUCACCUUCCAUGCAUUAAAUACUUGGUUCAGCUCUGGGUUCUCACGUCGAGGCGCUCAUGGCUGGAUGAUCAACAUCAGUUUAACAAAUUAGCCAGCGCACAUGUGCACGUCCACAGCGAUUCAGCCGUGCAGAUGUGCGCACACCGGAGAGAAGUCGCAUCUUUCCCAGAUGUGCACCUUAAAUUUCAGACUAGGGGUCGGACUUUUGGUUGGGUAUUUAUUUCUGUGGAGAUACUCCUAAAAGGUGUUUUUUGUUGUCACUCAGCUUUUAUCAACAUGUUUAAUCAUUGGAUUUGUGAAUCAUACAUGCAUUUGUUUAGUUACAUGUGUGUAAUAGUUUAAAUUCUUCUGAUAUUAAUUUGCUGAUUUAAGUUAUUCUAUUGAUGUUAAAGGGACAGUUCACCCCACAAUUUUAAAAAUAUUUGGUCCAUCUGCAAAUGUAUUAAUGCAAUAGUGGCUUGUGAAAAUAUCAAAUAAAACCAAACACUGCAGUCA